CCCUUCGGGCUGUAGAUAUGUGUAACACACCAACUUACUGUGACCUAGGAAAGGCUGCCAAAGAUAUCUUCAACAAGGGAUAUGGGUUUGGCAUGGUCAAAAUAAAUCUGAGAACCAAGUCUUGUAGUGGAGUGGAAUUUUCUACUUCGGGUCAUGCAUAUACUGAUACAGGGAAAGUGUCAGGCAAUCUAGAGACCAAGUAUAAGGUCUGUAACUAUGGACUUACCUUCACCCAAAAAUGGAACACAGACAAUACUCUUGGGACAGAGAUCUCUUUGGAGAAUAAAUUGGCUGAAGGGUUGAAACUGACUCUUGAUACCAUAUUUGUACCGAACACAGGGAAGAAGAGUGGGAAAUUGAAGGCUUCUUAUAAAUGGGAUUGUUACCGUCUUGGCAGUAAUGUGGAUAUAGAUUUUUCUGGACCAACCAUCUAUGGCUGGGCUGUGUUGGGUUUUGAAGGUUGGCUUGCUGGCUAUCAUAUGAGUUUUGACACAGCCAAAUCCAAACUGUCUCAGAAUGAUUUUGCCCUGGGCUACAAGGCUGCAGACUUCCAGCUGCAUACUCAUGUGAAUGAUGACCCUGAAUUUGGAGGCUCCAUCUACCAGAAAGUUGAUGAGAAGAUUGAAACAUCAAUAAAUCUUGCAUGGAUGGCUGGUAGCAGCAAUACCCAUUUUGGCAUUGCUGCUAAAUACAAGCUGGAUUGUAGAACUUCUCUAUUUGCUAAAGUAAAUUAUGCCAGCCUGAUUGGACUGGGAUAUACUCAGACUCUUCAGCCAGGAGUCAAACUGACCCUAUCAGCGUUAGUUGAUGGGAAGAAUUUCAACGCAGGAGGGCACAAGGUUGGGUUGGGAUUUGAACUGGAAGCUUAGGUUGAUUUUUGAAUAAAGCAUCAGAUUUGUCCCUACAAGUGAAGAGAAAUGAACCCACUAUAUUUUAGCCUUAAA